CUACCCCUCGAUCUUUUUGCCUUUUCCUUUUUCCUUUUUCUUUUUUUCUUUUUUUAUUUUUUUUUUACUUUCGUCCAGGUCGAUCCCAGCCAGUCUCAAAGGAGCGUUCGAUCAGAGGCUCGCCGUAGAUUCAAGAUGUGGGGGAAAAUGUCGUUCCACCGGUCUCGGAAACCCGUGAUUGGGAAUCCUACGCUGGUCAACAAAACCCUGAACGACGAUGUCUACCAGUCAAUGUCCUCGGUGUCGGGGAUGCCGGGCGGCGAUAGAUACUAUUCAUCCAAAACCCUCCCCGCCUUACCACCCAAAACUGCGGGCUCGUCCUUCCCUGCACGCCGGCCGGAGUCGGGCCAUCGAGUUGCUUCCUCCGUGUAUUCGCGAGACACCGUCGUGGACCCCGUGCGGCAGCGUUCCAUCAGUUUGACGCAGUCAACGCCGCAGGAUCAGGGUUCGUUCGCCCAGAGUCAAUACAGCUUGCCGUUGACCAUCAGUCCGGGCAUCUCGCCUCCUGACACGCCAACCUCGACGACCCCGGGGCCCCGCAGUCGCAGCAGCUCCCAGGUUUCAGCCAUCGACGAAGAACCCAAGCAGGGGCCUGCUGGUGGUGCGCCCAUGGACUACAAGUUUAGCAGCCAUUUGCCGGUGUUGAGCAAACGAGGAGGGUCGUCACAUACUGAAAAUUCUCAACUGCCGCCGGGUUCCCGAAGCUCUUCGAGAUCUAAUGCCACUAUGUGGGAUAGCUUCUCUGGUGACCCGACAAUGAGCGAUCAUGGCAGAGCCGGGCAGGCAGCGCCAGGUGGUGUUUCUUUCCAGACGCACAUAUCCGCCAACCCCAAGUCGUCCGGGUCUCAGUCCACCAGCAUCUUCGGCAAAGGCAAGGAGCAGCUUCUGCCGAAAAAAGUCCGUGGUCGACUCUCCAAAGGGGAAAAUUCACUACCGCCCGCUGUGCGUGAGCCUUGGAAGGGCCCUAGUGGACGAUCACCGAUAGUCGCGCCCAUUCAAGAAAAGCCGCUAGCCAGGUCGGCCUCCCGCCUGCGCAUCUCCCCCAGCAACGAUCGCUUACGAGAUAAUGCGAAGCCUUCGCUUGAUUAUUCUUCAUAUGGCAUCGUUCCUUCGGUCGUGACGACAAUCACGGGAGGUGAGACGGCGGAUAGGCGUGCGCCCAGUACGAGUGCCAGCGCCCAUAGUUCUCGAACUCGGCUGCCUAGCAGUCGGGAGAACCUUGUUUCUACCAGCACCAGUGCCACCAGCCAUGCUCCGCCACGUGUGGAUCUUCCAGUGUCCGAUCUGGAUGCAUCACUGGCUGACCUGAAACUCACCACCGAUGACGACACUUUUCAGCCUAGCAGCCGCUUCAGCGUGACUACUUAUGAGCCCACCGAGGCAUCCAGUUCGACAACCAGUCGCCGCACCAGUGUUGAUACAGCGUCGCAGUCUACGGAGAAUUUCUCUUCGAUCAUGUCUCGCAAACGACCGGUCCCCAGCGCCGUGGCGCCCUCGAAGAAGCCCUCCCGCAAACCUACUCCAUCGCAGGCUUCCAACGAGGACGCCGUGUCCAUCGCACCCACCGAACUCUCGCCCGAAGAACAGGCCGAGAGUCGCAUCGAAUCUCUGGAAGCCAGGAAAGAUAGUCUUAUCCGGCGCCGAAACAACAUCAACACGAUCAUCCACGAACUGACCCAGGUCAUUCAACCAAGCUCUGUCGCCUACGACAUGGCUGCCAGGGAAGAAGUCAAGAAGACGGUUUCCAGUCUGAACAACGAACUAGCCGAGAUCAAACGGGAAGAGCACGAGAUCGGCCUGAAACUCUUCCGAGCCUGGAAGAAGCGAGAUGAACGCAACAAUUACGGUGGCGGUAGUGGUUUGUGGGUUAAACGGGUGACCAGUUAAAAGGUCGAAUCCCUUCGCAUCUGCUUGAUUUACAGCAUGUUUCUCUCAGCUUAUUGUCGUUUUAUUUGCGUCAUGUCCCGUCUUUUUGUUUGUUUGUUUCGUUUCUUUCUACCGUGCUGCUGCCCCCUCCUCUCACUUCAAAUUUCCCUUACGCCGAAUUGUACUGGCCGGACCAUCUCAUUUCUCAUUUUGUUUUUUUGACAUUGCGUAUACCCUAAUUCAGGAUUCGACAUGUUUGCAUCUGCUUCUCAUUUGUCCUGGCGGCAUUGGAUUUCUUGUUAUCUGGCAGCAUUCAGGCGGCGUUGACAAUCUCUUUCUUGCGCGUUUGGAGAUUCAUGUUUGUGGAACGGAUGCCGGCAAUUGAUCCCUCAUUG